UCUUUCUUUUGCCUUAUCUUCUUCAGUUCGCCUCUCGCAGUUCCACAGCACAAGCAGUUAACUUGGAAGAUGUUAUCCAUGGCGGUCCAACCGAACCUUCAUGCUUCUUCUUCUCUCAAGCCUCUUGCAUUUUCAUCUUCGAAUCCCUCUGUUACAUCCAUCAAACCUUGCGUUUUCACAAAGCCGAGGUCAUUCUCUUCACAUCCAGUUCUUAAUGCAGCACCCCAAAAAUUUAGGCUUUCUGCCGCUGCAGCUACAGCUGAAGAGUCUGUGGAUGAGAACACGGAGUUGGAUAGUGUCUCUGCUCAAAACCCUCCUGCGACUCAGAAGCUUGGAGUGGUGGUGAAGCCAAUUGACAGUCCAAGGCUUGUCUUGAAAUUCAUUUGGAUGGAGAAAAACAUUGGCAUUGCACUCGACCAAAUGAUUCCGGGGCAUGGCACUAUUCCUCUGAGCCCUUACUACUUUUGGCCAAGGAAAGAUGCUUGGGAAGAGCUCAAGGAGUUACUGGAGAGCAAGCCCUGGAUAUCUCAAAAGCAAAUGAUUAUUCUUCUCAACCAAGCUACUGAUAUUAUCAAUUUGUGGCAGCAGAGUGGUGGAAACUUAGUGUAAUCUUAAAUGGCACAUAAUGCUGUCAGUCAGAUUGAGGCUUCUGUAGAUUCUAUCUUGGGGAUUGUCACAUUGGUAAGUAAGAUGAGUUCGGCACUGAAGUGUUGAUUCUCUGCAGCUGCAUCAGACUUUUGUUUCUUAUUCAUCCAGAACCUUACUGUAGAGCCCAACUCAUCGCUUAUUUUGCCCUUUCCUAUGUUCUACCAUGUAUUUUCUGAGCUCUGAUUAUUUGGUUGGCUUUAAAUGAGAUUCAGCAGUUGAAAAUUA